AUGGAUACUGCCCCUCCCCCGCCUUACUCCGAGACAGACCCAGGAACUUCACCUCAUCCUAUCCUUACUCCUGCCACUUCGCAGGCAGACAAUGCAUCUGUAGCAGCUCGACCUCUUGCUUCCACAGCAUCAUCAGUUGACGAGACCAUCUAUACCCCUCUGUACUCUCCCGCAAGUUCCGUACAUCAACAUCAAGUGUAUGGAGACGAGCACGACCAUGUCUCCUCGUCCUCCGCAACAGUCUUCUUCGAAUCUCGACCUGCACGCAGGAACAGCUCUACUGCACCCCUCGAGACAAUAAAGAUAUUGGUGACUGCUAGGACAGAACCAAAAGAUAUUCCAUACCCACCAGAGCUAGCAGAAAAGGAUGUGCUUGAACUCGACUGGUUGACCUUUGUCAACUACCUCCUUCCGGAUCAUGCAGCUGACGUGAACAAUGAUGUUGCAGACAGGAAGCUCAAGGCGGAAUUGGUGGACGAGCGAAUGAAAAGGCUCACGCUGGGAAAAGAAAGUCGGUCUAUGACCGAUCUUCGCGAGGUGGAUGCUCAACUGGAUCCAUUGCGACAGGCGCAAACAUUACAAAACACAGAUACGUCUCGCAGGCUGGAAGCUACAAUAUCAGAAUGGAACGAGGGUUUUUUCAAGCCUAGAGGUAUACAAAUAUCCAACGAUGCUGUAGACACCGAAAAUGUUGCGGAGGGGGAGGCUACACCAAUGCCUGGGUCCUGGAUCCCUUGGGAACAUGAGAUGAAUGGUGAACCUGGCCCUAGUAGCAACACAAAUGCUCGUAAGGGCUUUUUCAGUGGCUUUAUGCAGGCUGGUCCACAGGGCUUCAAGAUGGGCCCUAUUGUUGCAGAUAAUGACGGCUUUCGUAUCGGCAGGAAUGGAUUGAGAGCUGAUAACAAUGGGUUUCGACUUGGGAAUAUGCUAGUCGCCGACUCAAAUGGCUUCAGACUUGGCGGUAGUCGAGGUUUGAACGCGGAUGCUAACGGAGUGAGCUUGGGAGGACGUUCGUGGGCAAGAAGAGAAUCUCACGACUCUGAGAGAGGCCGGGGACGUCACAGAGGCCAUCGGGGCCUUUCUCACGGUCGCCAUCGCAGAAGACGAGGACGAUCCGCGUCUGUAUCUAGCGAUUCCAGUUCAUCGAGUUCGAGUUCCUCAGACUCAGACUCGUCAGUUGGAUCCCUUCCAGACUACGAAGAUUUAAGGGAUGGGCAACUUCCAAUCGCAAAACGAUCUCUAAUGCAGUGGCUUAAUGACCCUGACCAGCCAAUUACCAAAGCAGCCGUCAGAGACAUGCGAGAGGAUAUCAUCAAUGGCAAAGACAAUGUACCCCAGCAAAAAGGACAAGAUCUCGUAGCUUUACGAAAGGAAGUGAAAGAUCUGACGAGAAUUUUCAAAGACGCGAAGAAAGCACAGAGGAGAGAUCGAAGAGAAGCACGACGUGAACGGAGAGCAGCAAGAAAGGCCCAGAAGAAAGAGCGUCGUGCAUUGAGAAGAGAAGAGCGUGAAGCCAAAAAGGAGGUAAAGAAGUGUGGACCGAGAGGAGCGCGGACUGGACCGCCGUGGAUGUCUCGAUCCAACAUGAUACCCGGUGCUUUCUUUCCUUCGACAGCAAAUGCUUUCACGCCACCUCCUCCUCCUCAUAUGCCUGGAAACCCGCCAGCACCUCCGGAACACCCUGGUUUCCCAUUUGGGCGGUCGGCUUCAGCGCCGUUCAUGACUGGCCUACCAUUCGGCAGAGGCAACGGUCCGCCUGGCAUAGCUGCAAUCCACAAUGGUUGGCCCUUUACUCAUAAUUCGUCAUUUACGGAUGGAGUCGCCUCAUCCCCUACACCGGUGCCUGUGGGUGCAGAAAGACUCCACGACCAAGCCCUACAGAUGGAGAAAUCUGCAGAGCUGAAGGAGGCCAAGGCAAUCGAUCUCCGAACUGCUGCUACUGGGAGGAUGGUGAGUGAGAAAGAAAAGUCGAGGUUGAGAGACCAAGCAACGAAGCUGGAGGAGGAAGCAGAAAAGUACAGGAGGGAGGUGGGCAGGCUGAGAGCAGAAGCAAUGCACUUGGACCAGGAAAUGGCAAGGGAGUUGCAGGAAACGGCGUCGAAUAAUGGGCAAGAGUCAGGAGUUAUCCCGGGGUCUUAUAUUCACUGA